UCGUUUUGUUUUUGCUUUGAGUCUUGGGAGGAGAGACUGUGAGACUCGUGAGCUCGGAAGGAAGAGAUAUGGGAGCGUUGAUGGCGGCUAUGUUGGUGGUGCUCACGGUGGCAGUAGCCUCCGGUGCAUCGAAAGAGCAGCUGAGCACAAGGAAAUGCGAGAAUCUUGGUUUCACAGGUCUCGCUUUGUGCUCUGAUUGUAACAGUUUGGCUGAGUAUGUCAAAGAUCAAGAAUUGGUAUCCGACUGUAUGAAAUGUUGCACUGAGGAUUCCGAUGAUUCAAUGACAAAGAUCACGUAUUCUGGUGCUAUACUGGAAGUCUGCAUGAGGAAACUGGUUUUCUAUCCCGAAAUUGUUGGCUUUAUUGAAGAAGAGAAGGAUCGGUUCCCUUCGGUCAAAGUCCAAUACAUUUUCAAUUCUCCACCAAAGUUGAUCUUGCUAGAUGAUGCAGGCGAACAUAAGGAAACAAUAAGAAUCGACAAUUGGAAACGUGAACAUAUCUUGCAGUUUCUGCAAGGGAAGGUAAAGCCUGCUUCUGCAAUCUGAAUACUAGUUAUUAUCUUCUGUCAACACCUUAAUCUGUAUCUCAACACAAUCAUGUAUUUUUUGUAUCCUCUUUUUGGAAAUUUUGAUCGUGUAUUUAUUCCAGAGGUUUUAAGCUUAGGUUAUUUGCGUGCAUGAAUAGUCAGAAGAUUUCUUACAAUAGCAUCAGCAAUUCAUAC